GCAGACGGUGGUGAGAUCAGCUGGUGGAAGCAGGGAUCAUUUCCUUCUCCUCCGAAGGGUGGAGCCAGCAGGAUGACUCAUCAGGGGGCUGUUCUGCAAGGCUAUAAUAAUGAACUUGUGAAACAUAUAGAAGACUUGUACAUGCAAAGAGAAGAAGUGAGCAAGCAGAUCAGGGAAGCGGAAGAAGAAAAGAAUAGGAUCCAAGAUAAAAUUGAGACCCUGACAAAACAACUGGAUUGUGUGUGUGAAAACUUAGCACAGAAAAAUGCUGCACAGAAGAAACUUGACGAAGUCCUUGCCGAAGCAGCGUUGACUUAUGAGAAGAUCUUGGAAAGCUCUAGGAUGCUGCUGAACGUUUUGAAAGCCGAAACGGGGAAUUUAGACAAAACGAUAAUGCUAAAUAGAAAUGUGACUGGGGAUAUUCAAACACUUGGGCUCCAACAAACGCAGCACUAGGCUUGGUGAAAAGUUAUAUACAAGAAAUUUCACUCUUUGAUCUUAUAUUGGUGGGUUUAUUAAUGUUUUUAUUAUGUAUCAAUUGUUACUUUUUAUAAAGAAUAUCAUGGAAGCAAUAAACAAGUUGAAAAUAAAGUUCUUUAAAACUUAA